AUGCCUGAUUCCUAUACGUGCAUCACUUGUCAGGUUUUGUUCAAAACAGCUGAGUUACAACGAGAACAUUAUAAAUUGGAUUGGCAUAGAUACAAUUUAAAAAGAAAAGUAGCUUCUAUUCCUCCAGUUACAUUAGAAGAAUUUGAACAAAGAGCUAAGGAACACCGUGAGUCUGCUGAAGCAAUCAAAGAUGAAUCAGCCUAUUGCAAGUGUUGUUCAAAACUCUUUAACACAAAGAAUGCUUACAGCAAUCACUUAAAUAGUAAGAAGCAUAAACAAGCGGAGGAUAAAUGUAUUGGAAGUGACAAAAAGGAAGAUCACAGUAAUCAUUCUGAUACAGACAGUUUUGUAAAAAUAGACAAUGUUGAAAAUCAAAAUACAUUGCAGAGUGGACCUGAAAAAUUUGUUGUUCUUAAUCCCGAUGGUUUAGAUGAUGAAGAUAUUGAAACAGAUUCAGAAAUUGAAGAGCUUGAUUCAGAUGAAUGGGAUGAGUGUCGCAUAAAGGAUAGCGAUUCACUUAUUAAACCUAGAGACUGUUUGUUUUGUACUCACCAUAGUAAAAAUAUGGUAAAAAACCUUAAGCAUAUGUCUGAAGCUCAUUCUUUCUUUAUUCCUGAUGUAGAAUAUUGUGUCAAUGUUAAAGGACUUCUAUUGUAUUUGGGAGAAAAGAUUUCACAAGGAUAUAUGUGUCUCUGGUGCAAUGAGGCUGGAAGAACAUUUUAUUCUAUGGAAGCUGCUCGGGCUCACAUGAUUGAUAAGGGACAUUGUAAAAUGUUACAUGAAGGUCUUGCUUUAGCAGAAUAUGCAGAUUUUUAUGACUAUAGCACCUCAUAUCCAGAUCACAAAGAGGGAGAUGAAGAUAUGGAUGUGGAUGAUGAAGUAGAAGAACCAGCAACUUUGGAAGGAGAUGAUUAUCAAUUGGUUUUGCCUUCUGGUGUUGUUGUUGGCCACAGAUCUCUUAUGAGAUACUAUAAACAGAAUUUGACACAAAGCAGCCAGGCCUUGGUUAAAAAAUCUGACCGAAAGCUACAUCGGCUUUUAGGUGUGUACAAAGCAUUGGGUUGGGCGCCAAAGGAGCAAGCACUUGCAGCUAAGAAAGCGCGUGACAUUCAUUUCAUGAAAAGAGUACAGGCGAAAUGGCAGAUGAAGUUAUCUUUGAAAGCAAAUAAAUUCCAAAAGCAUUACCGACCUCAAGUUAACUUCUAG